CAAAAGACAUCCCCCGGAGGUUUAGUUCCGUCAAAUCGUCAUUUACAAGCAGGACGUCGUUCUGCGUCCGGCGCCUGUGAAUCGUCUCCCGUUCCGGUUAUAACACCGUUUUCCAGGCACUCCCGAUCUCAAAGGCGUACUAUUGCUCAAAGCUUUUGGGUUAACUUGGGACUCAAAGCGAUCUAAUAAAUAAACAGCGCACUUUUCAAGUGAAGAAAAAAAGAAGUGAGGAAAAGCAUAAAAGCUUACCUUCUAAUUCCCUUGUGGAAUGUAUAACUCCAACUGGUGACCCAGGCGGGACACCACUCGACAACUGUCCCACGAGGGUCAUUUUCACUUUGGAUGGACUUCGUAACUCGCUUAAGUGUCGCCUAGGAACUAUAGUGAUGAAUGUGGACAUUUUUUGUCUGUUUAAUAUAUCUCUUCGUUGUUUUGGCAUGCAUCAUAUGACUCUGUUUAGAUGAUUAUGUACUUUGCGAAUAAAAACAGUUAAAAUAUUAUCAAAGGAUUUGUUUUUAGUACUAUCGCAAUCAUUUGACAUCUCAAAAAACAUCGUGUUAUUCAUCCCAAAAUCUCAUACAGGAUGGAAAAACAAGAUUGAAUUAAAAAACAUCUAGUAAAGAUGAAGUCCGAAGUUUACAAGUUGUAACAGACGGUUAAAAACAAGCGAUCUUAAACCAGGACUAUCAGCACAAUCAAUUUCCUCUAAUCCAUCAAGAAUCAAUAGCUUUGCAAAAAAGAGAAUAAAAACAUUGCUAAGUUGUUGCUAGUGGCUGUAAACAAUAAGUCGAUCGCCGUACACGGCCAAACAUCGAGUGGAGGAUUGCAAAAGUGCGAACCGAGCACCGUGUGACGUCACCAUCCCCAACACGUGGUCCAAAGCUGAAGAGGGCGGGCGCUGAGAGGACUCACUAAAGAUCUCAUUGUUGUUGGAAAGUCCCAGGCGCUCGCUUGAUCUAUCGCCGUGAGGCUUACGACAAACGAGUUAAGAUGAUGUUCGGGUUGCAAGAUCCUGGCCUCCAGCCCAGGGGGCCCAUGGCCACUCUCAAAGAAGAACCUCUCACAUCUGCCCAACUGGGCAGUGUUCGAACGGGAUGGAUGCAACCGACGAUGAUUGACCAGACAGCCGGAAGUGUUGGUCUAGGUCGAGCACAUUUUGAAAAACAGCCCCCAAAUAACCUCAGAAAAAGCAAUUUUUUUCAUUUUGUCAUUGCAUUGUAUGAUAAAGCUGGUCAGCCCGUUGAAGUUGAAAGAACAGCUUUUGUGGGUUUUAUAGAAAAAGACCAGGAGGAAGAAGGUCAAAAAACAAAUAAUGGUAUUCACUACAGACUACAGCUGCUGUUCGCAAAUGGAGUGCGGCAGGAGCAAGACCUAUAUGUUCGACUAAUAGACCAUCAAAGAAAAAAGGCCGUCCCUUAUGAAGGCCAAGACAAAAACCCCGAAAUGUGCCGAGUUCUUUUAACACAUGAAGUAAUGUGCAGUCGGUGCUGCGACAAGAAGAGUUGCGGAAACAGGAACGAAACCCCUUCAGAUCCUGUGAUAAUUGACAG